AUGGCGUCUGUAAAGCAGCUCAAAACCAUACCCAUAGAAAAGUCGCCAUCAGGCACAUCAGCAACGGAUCGAUCCGAAAGCAUCACUCCCGGAAAGAAUACAAAGCGGAAAGACUAUGGCUCAGAGGGUGUCACAGACAAUGACAUUUUCCUUCUUCCUAGCUCGGAUUUUCAGCUGUUGGGAGUCUUGACCGCAAUUGCGACAGUGGUUCGACUGUUUCGUAUCUAUCAGCCCAGCAGCGUGGUGUUUGAUGAGGUUCACUUUGGUGGAUUUGCCUCUAAAUAUAUCAAGGGACGUUUCUUCAUGGAUGUCCACCCUCCUCUGGCAAAACUGCUCAUUACGCUUGCUGGCUGGCUAGCCGGAUAUGAUGGCGACUUUGACUUCAAAGAUAUUGGCAAAGACUAUCUAGAACCCGGGGUGCCUUAUGUCGCCAUGCGAAUGCUGCCAGCGGUGCUGGGUAUUGCCACCAUCCCUACAAUGUUUCUGACGCUUAAGGCUUUGGGGUGUAGAACCAUGACAGCUGCUAUGGGAGCUUCAUUGUUGAUCUUUGAGAACGCCCUUGUCACGCAAUCUCGUCUUAUCCUGCUAGACUCGCCGUUGAUCUUUUGUACCGCUUUUACGGCUUUGGCGUUCACAUGCUUCACCAAUCAACAUGAAUUAGGCCCUUCACGAGCGUUCGAUGCCACAUGGUGGUUCUGGUUAGUACUUACAGGCCUGGGACUUGGAGCGACUGUCAGCGUCAAAUGGGUGGGGCUUUUCACGAUCGCCUGGGUGGGAAGUCUGACGAUCCUUCAGUUGUGGGUUCUUCUAGGCGACACGACCACAGUCACACCGCGGAAAUGGUUCAAGCACUUUUUUGCCCGAGUCUUCUGCUUGAUUAUUAUCCCGAUUGCUGUCUAUGUUGGUUUGUUUGCUAUUCACUUCAUUUGCUUGGUCAACCCAGGGGACGGGGAUGGCUUUAUGUCUUCUGAGUUUCAGGCAACACUCAACUCCAAAGGCAUGCAGGAUGUUCCUGCCGACGUGGCUUUUGGUAGUGAGAUCAGCAUUCGACACCACAAUACUCAAGGCGGCUACCUCCAUUCCCAUGCUCACAUGUAUCCAGGGGGGAGCAACCAGCAACAAAUCACGCUUUAUCCUCACAAAGACGAGAACAAUGUCUGGAUCGUGGAAAAUACGACGCAGCCACUCACUGCUGAUAAUGUUACAAUCCCUGGGCCCAGGGCAUGGAGCAAUAUAUCCACUACAUAUGUCAAAGAUGGCGACACUAUCAAACUCUAUCACAUAACUACUGACCGACGUCUACACUCUCAUGAUGUUCGUCCACCUGUCACGGAGGCUGACUGGCAGAACGAAGUCUCGGCAUAUGGUUAUGAGGGAUUUGAGGGCGAUGCAAACGACUACUUUCGCGUUGAGAUAGUCAAGUCGAUGUCAGAUGGUGCGGAAGCCAAGACAAGGCUGAGGACGAUUCAGACCAAAUUCAAGCUUGUUCACGUCAUGACUGGCUGCGUCUUAUUCUCUCACAAGGUCAAAUUGCCGGACUGGGGUUUUGAGCAGCAAGAGGUCACUUGCGCCAAGGGCGGUACGCUUCCCAACAGUGUUUGGUAUGUUGAGCAGAAUUUCCAUCCCAUGUUAGGCCCAGAAGCAGAAAAGGUCAACUACCGCAACCCCGGCUUCUUAGGCAAAUUCUGGGAGCUGCAACGGGUUAUGUGGACGACUAAUGCUGGCCUCGUCGAAUCUCAUGCGUGGGACUCUCGCCCCCCUUCUUGGCCUGUCCUGAGCCGUGGCAUCAACUUUUGGGGCAAAGACCACCGCCAAAUCUACCUACUUGGUAAUCCUGCCAUUUGGUAUCCGUCUACCAUAGCGAUUGCGGUCUACGUUGUCUUCAAAGGCCUAUCGGUCUUGCGCUGGCAGCGUGGAUUCCAGGAUUACAACAAUGUCAACUUCAAACGAUUCGACUAUGAGCUGGGCACCACGGUUUUGGGUUGGGCAUUUCAUUAUUUCCCAUUCUAUCUGAUGGCUAGGCAGUUAUUCCUGCAUCAUUACCUUCCAGCUCUCUAUUUCGCCAUCAUGGCUCUUUGUCAGAUCUAUGAUUUUGGAGCUAAUAGGAUUGCGACCCUUGGCUUGAAGAAUCGGCCAGAGAUUAGUGGAGCGUUCAUUGCUCUAUUCCUAGCUUUCGCCAUCGGAACCUUCACAUUGUACGCACCUCUAACAUAUGGCAAUGCCUGGACACAGGACGCUUGUAGAGCUGUCAAGCUCUUCGAUACAUGGGAUUUUGACUGCAAUACGUUCUACACAGAUUAUUCUCAGUACUCGCUACAAGCGCCUCAGGCGAGUGGCAAAGCAACUGAACCCCCUUCGUUGCCGCCACAAGGCGGGAUGCCGAAAGCUGCAGGCGGCGCUGAUUCUGCUGGCAAAAAUGAUGAUAGGGUUACGCCACAACCCGCUGGAGCAGUGUCAGAAGGACAACUUGUUCUUGGCCGAGAAGAGAAUGUGGAGUAUCGAGAUCAGGACGGCAAUCUGCUGGACGCAGCGGAGGUCUCUUCCCUCGCCGAGGAAGGGAAGGUCACUUUCAAGACUAAAUACGAGACGAGAACAAGAUUGGUGGACACUGACGGGAAUGAGAUCCCUGAUUCGCGUGGUGUUGCACCAAAGCAUCCAGAUGUUGAAGGACAAAAUCCUGACACCAAAGGAAUCCCAGAAACUCAAGGGAAGAGUCAGCCUGCUGAUGCGAAGAUCAACUACAUUGGGUCGGAAAAUAGGGAACAGGAUGGGAAGCCUAAGCCUGGUAGCGAGGCCAAUGAGGCUACUGGGAGAAGCAAUUUUUCAAGCGUUCGAGCAUGA